AUGCGCCAAGAGUCUCGCUUAGAUCGUCCUCCCACCACCUCGACGACUAACGAUAACAGGGUCAAGAUGAGUCACCGGAAGUUCGAAGCGCCUCGUCACGGCUCCCUUGCCUACCUCCCGCGCAAGCGCGCUGCCCGUCACCGUGGUAAGGUCAAGAGCUUCCCCAAGGAUGAUGCCAAGAAGCCCGUCCACCUUACUGCCUCCAUGGGCUACAAGGCUGGUAUGACCACUGUCGUCCGUGACCUUGACCGUCCCGGUGCCAAGAUGCACAAGAAGGAGAUUGUCGAGGCCGUCACCGUCAUCGAGACCCCUCCUCUCGUUGCCGUUGGUGUCGUCGGUUACAUCGAGACUCCCCGUGGUCUCCGCUCUCUCACCACCGUCUGGGCUGAGCACCUGAGCGAUGAGGUCAAGCGUCGCUUCUACAAGAACUGGUACAAGUCCAAGAAGAAGGCCUUCACCAAGUACGCCAAGUCCCACGCCGAGAGCUCCGGUGCCUCCAUCACCCGCGAGCUUGAGCGCAUCCAGAAGUACUGCACUGUCGUCCGUGUGCUCGCCCACACCCAGAUCCGCCAGACUCCCAUCAAGCAGAAGAAGGCCCACCUUAUGGAGAUCCAGGUCAACGGUGGCUCCGUCUCCGACAAGGUCGACUUCGCCCGCAACCUCUUCGAGAAGACCAUCGAUAUCGAUUCCAUCUUCGAGAAGGACGAGAUGAUUGAUGUCAUCGCCGUCACCAAGGGUCACGGUUUCUCCGGUGUCACCUCCCGUUGGGGUACCACCAAGCUGCCCCGCAAGACUCACAAGGGUCUGCGUAAGGUCGCCUGUAUUGGUGCUUGGCACCCUAACCACGUCCAGUGGACUGUGGCCCGUGCUGGUCAGGACGGAUACCACCACCGUACCUCUUGCAACCACAAGAUCUUCCGCAUUGGAAAGGGUUCUGAUGAGGCCAACGCCUCCACCGAGUUCGACAUCUCCAAGAAGCAGAUCACCCCCAUGGGUGGUUUCGUCCACUACGGUGAGGUCAAGAACGACUUCGUCAUGGUCAAGGGCUCCGUUCCCGGUGUCAAGAAGCGUGUUAUGACUCUGCGCAAGACUCUGUACCCCCAGACUUCCCGCCGUGCCACCGAGAAGGUCGAGCUCAAGUGGAUCGAUACCUCCUCCAAGUUCGGUCACGGUGCUUUCCAGACCUUCGAGGAGAAGAAGGCCUUCAUGGGUACCCUCAAGAAGGACCUUGUCGAGACUGUUUAA